AUGGCUACAUCUUUGCCAAAUUUUCCGAGUUUUCCGGUACAUGAGAACAAUGCUGAAAUAAGGUGGCGUAAAUGGAUUAGUAGACUUGAAAAUUUAUUCAUUGGAUUAAACAUAAAGGACAGCAAACGACAAAGAGCACUCUUGCUACAUUUCGCUGGAGAAGAUGUUAACGAAGUCUUUGAUACCCUUGAUAAUACAGGAGAAGACUUUGAUGCCGCUAAACAGAAGUUAACCGCUUACUUUGCUCCGAAAAAGAACACAGAAUACGAGAUUUACAAAUUUAGACAAGCCAAACAAACAUCUGAUGAAACUAUCGACAGUUUUCAUACACGAUUACGCCAGCUAGCUGUAAACUGUGAAUUCGCGGAAACAUCUAAAGAAGUGAAAUCGCAAAUAAUUCAAGGUUGUCAUUCAACUAGACUAAGACGAAAGGCUCUUAGGGAAGACACGACCCUUGAAGGAUUAAUUUCAUCAGCUAGAGCGUUAGAACUUUCCGAAAAGCAGGCAUCAGAAAUUGAACAAUCAGACAAACAAUCCGCAAAUGCUGUUAGAAAAGGAGUUGGAAAACGUAGAAACGGACCACGAUUUCUACAGACACAAACUGACCAAAACGUAAAGAAAAGGACUACUGGUACUUGCAGAAACUGUGGAGGUGACUUUCCACAUGCAAACAAGUGUCCGGCAUUUGGAAAAAGUUGCAACUCAUGUAAAAAGUUGAAUCAUUUCGCUUCUGUGUGUAGAUCUAAACGUAUGGACGGAACUAGUACUUUUAAAAGAAAAGUAAACAAAGUUGACAAUUACGAACAUGAUGAUGAUCGUGAUAGCAGUUCUGACGAUUGUUACGUUUUUGGAUUACGAGAAAAUACUGUGAAUAAAGUACAGAAAGGACAACCGAAAAUCAACGUGAAAAUCAAUAAUUCUAAUGUGGAUAUUUUAAUUGAUACAGGAUCAAGUAUUAAUGUUAUUGAUGAAAGCACAUUCGAGAACAUCAAGUGUAAACCCAAACUUUCUCACGCUGACACUAAAGUCUUCGCAUAUGGAUCAGAUAAAAACUUGAAAUUAAUGGGAAAAUUUCACGCUACAAUAGAGACUGACCAUAAAAUAACAACCGCACCGGUAUAUGUGAUGAAAGGAAGAUACGGGAAUUUAUUAUGCUAUGAUACAUCUGUUGACUUAAGCAUAGUGCCAGUCAUUUCGACAGUAGCAAAUAAACAUGAAAUAUUAUGCAAUAAAUAUAGCGAUGUGUUCAAUGGAAUUGGAAAAUUAAAAGAUGAAAAAGUGAAAAUUCAUAUUGAUGGAAGUAUAAAACCUGUAAUUCAACCACAUAGGCGUAUACCGUUUCACAUUCGAAAGCAAGUAGAAGCAGAACUCGAAAAACUCGAAAAACAGGAUAUAAUAGAAAAGGUGGAUGGACCAACACCUUGGGUGUCCCCGAUUGUUGUGGCCCCUAAACCGAAAAACAAAAACGAAAUUCGAUUAUGCGUGGAUAUGAGGGAACCGAACAAGGCUAUUUUGCGUUCACGUCAUAUUACACCAACACUUGAUGAUAUGAUCUUGGAUUUAAACGGAUCUAAAGUAUUCUCGAAAAUGGACCUUCGAAGUGGAUAUCAUCAAUUGGAGUUAAACGAAGAAUCCCGGAACAUCACAACCUUCACGACACACGUAGGAUUACGGAGAUAUAAACGACUCAGUUUUGGUGUUUCAUCAGCCGCAGAGUUAUUCCAAAACACACUGAGUAAUGCACUUGAAGGAUUAGACGGAGUCCGGAAUAUAUCCGAUGAUAUAAUCGUAUUUGGAAGAAACCAGGACGAACACGAUAAACGAUUGGAAAAACUAUUUGCACGACUUAAAGAGAAGAACUUGACAUUGAAUAAGGCAAAAUGUGAAUUUAAUAAGAACAAACUUGAAUUCUAUGGUCAAAUUUUCAGUGCAGAUGGCAUAUCAGCCGAUCCAAGAAAAAUAAGCGCUAUCAGGAACACGACAAUACCGAAAGACGUAAGUGAAAUUCGUAGUUUCUUAGCAAUGACCAAUUAUGUAGGACGUUUCAUUCCAAAUUACUCAACUAUUACUGAACCGCUCCGCAGAUUAACAAAGCAGAAUUCCAAGUGA